AUGUUUACUCGAAGGUUUAUUCCAGUUGUUAAAUCUACCAAACAAAGCAUCGGUAAAUACGUGCAAAAAGAUGCUAGGUUUACUUUAUUGACAUAUAACAUGCUCUCACCUUCAUAUAUGUGGCCGCAAGUAUACACUUAUGUUGCAGAACCAUAUAAAAACUGGAGUUAUAGGCACAAACUGCUAGAAAGAGAACUCUUGAAUACUUUUAAGGCGGAUAUUAUGUGUCUUCAAGAAAUGACUGCAAGAGAUUACGAAGAUUAUUGGCGCGAUUAUAUUGGAGUUGAUAUCAAUUAUGGGUCCAAGUUCAUCCCCAAGACACCCCCCAAGUAUUGGAAAAAUCCGGUUAAGGAUAUGGACGGUGUAUCUAUUUUCUACAAUCUCGAAAAAUUUGAUUAUAUAUCAUCAACAGGGAUUUACUUAAAUCAGUUACUUAAUGUCUUCAAUGAAAGGGAAUUGAAAUACUUAUUUAACAAAAAGGUGACAUUAACUGAUGGCGCCUCUAAUAUAGUUGGUGAAGAUAGUUUGUUGGAUGUUUUAAAAGGUAAAAAUCAGGUAUGCCUAUUUGUAUCCUUGAAACAUAAGGAAACAGGUACUGUUUUUGUUGUAUUGAAUACUCACCUUUAUUGGAAGUAUGAUGAAGUUAAGCUAACGCAAUGUAUGAUUAUAAUGAGAGAGUUAUCAAAAAUUAUCAAGCAGCUUUUAUCAGGGGAUGUAAAAAGUCAAAGAAAAGUAAAGAUCUUAUUUACCGGUGAUCUAAACUCCACAAGAGAUUCGUUAGUUGUUAAUUUUCUGCAGGGUCAGAUAGUUAGUCAUGGAGAUCUUAAUCUUAUUAGCCCAAUGAGGCCGUAUUUGAACCGCUGUGUCUAUGAUGACAUACCAAAGGAUUACUUUGUACAUACGUGCUAUUCAGGGAAGUUAAAAGGCAUCUUCGAUUAUGUCUGGUACCAUGACUCAGAUUUCUUAUUAACCAAAAUAUUAACGGGUAACGAAGUAUCAGAUGAAUUGUUAGCAUCGAAUCAAUUAGGUUUGCCUAAUGAGAAUCAUCCUAGCGAUCAUAUACCACUACUAACAGAGUUCAAAGUAUUAUGA